UUGAGUUGGGCAUGAAUUCUCGAACAACUUACAACUAUACUGCUAGAUUUGAUCGGAUUCUUCUUAAUAUCAAAUUAAAUUUCAGUUUCAUAGUUAGAGGAGAAAGAAAUGCGUGGGCACGUAACAAACGAGAUGGAUGUCGUAGGAGCAUCCGCAGACGAAAUUUGGGCAGUCUAUGGUUCAAAAGAUCUUCCGAGGCUCAUAAUCACUCUCCAACCUGGUGUUUUCGAGAAAAUCGACAUAGUCGAAGGUGGUGGAGGAGCUGGUACUGUCCUACAUAUCGUAAUGGCUGAAGUAGGAAUAUCCGGACCACAUGAAUGGAACGAGAAGUUUAUCACACUUGAUAACCAUACAAGGGUGAAGCAGAUCGAACAAAUUAAAGGGGGUUAUCUUGAUAUGGGGUUUUCCUUGCACCAGGUUACCUAUGAAAUCAUCGAAAAGGAUGAAAAUUCUUGCAUCAUUAGGUCGACGGUUAAAAUUGAACUUGAUGACGAAUUCGACUCUAAUGCUUCUUCUAUUACUGUUGAUUCCAUGUGGGGUAUGGCAAUAUCAAUCGUCAAAUACGUACUUGACAGCAAAGCUGAGAAGUAAAAAAGUUGAUACUUCGAGUGACGGCCAUGUUCUCGGUUUGUACUUUAGGAUCUUGGUCUUAGGCAUAGCUAGCCACUCGACGAGAAGUUCACUCGGAUAAAGGAUUUUUCAUCCUUUACUUAGGUUUAAAUCCCGUUUAAUAAAGAUUAUUUUUAUUUUCCUUCCGAUAAAAAAUCAAAACCAAUAAAAAAAAA